UUCAUUUGGGCAUAAUAGACCAUUUGUAACCUUACCCAUUGAGCGAAGAGAAGAGAAGAUGUUGCGAGUUGCAGGGAGGAGGCUUUUGUCUCUAAAGCAGCAGAGAUCUUCCACUGCCACCUCUUUCGUCCUUUCCAGAGAUCACACCAUCUCCAAAGAAGGCGACGACUCCACCAGAUCUGUUCCCUCUGCAGAUCUUUCAUGUUUCAAUUCUUACCACCGGAGCCUUUUAAGAGGUUUCUCUUCUCAAGUCAUUACCCAAGGAAAUGAGGUAGGCUUCGCUUCUGAAGUCCCAGCCACCGUUGAGGCCGUCAAGACGCCUAACUCGAAGAUUGUCUAUGAUGACCACAACCACGAGCGUUACCCACCUGGUGACCCUAGCAAGCGUGCCUUCGCCUAUUUCGUCCUGUCCGGUGGGAGGUUUGUCUACGCCUCUGUUCUCCGCCUUCUGGUCCUGAAGCUCAUUGUUAGCAUGUCCGCAAGUAAAGAUGUCCUUGCACUUGCGUCCCUCGAGGUCGACCUCGGGAGCAUCGAGCCGGGAACUACUGUCACAGUGAAGUGGCGUGGAAAGCCUGUCUUCAUCAGGCGAAGAACUGAAGACGAUAUCAAGCUAGCCAAUAGCGUGGAUCUUGGAUCACUGAGGGACCCGCAAGAAGACUCGGUGAGGGUCAAGAAUCCGGAAUGGUUGGUGGUGGUAGGAGUCUGCACUCACCUGGGGUGCAUCCCUUUGCCGAAUGCUGGUGAUUACGGUGGAUGGUUUUGCCCGUGUCAUGGUUCGCAUUACGAUAUCUCUGGAAGGAUCAGGAAAGGUCCUGCACCAUACAACCUGGAAGUACCGACUUACAGCUUCUUGGAAGAGAAUAAGUUACUCAUUGGUUAAUGAUGGAGUAAAAGCACAUCAGACAGUGUUUUUGUGUCUUAAAGAUCCUCAUAUGUUUUUGUUUUUCUUUGAUAUAUACUUUCCGGCUACAAAUGUAGCGUGCAAGUUCUCGCUUUCCUUACACCUGGGUCUUCUCAGCAAGGAAAGUAAAAGAUUGUUUUGGUUUUGCUGAAUAAUACAAACUUGUCACUGUAUGACUUAUCAUCUGUUUCAUUUGGUGAAAAAACAAUUUUGGUAAUA